AUGACGUUUGAUGAGAACAGCUCGGACACGGCCUUUAGAGGCCUCAUGAAGAAUUUAAACUUGGAUGAAUCACAAUUCAAGUCUUACAAGACUAACUUUUCCCAAUUGACGUAUGAUCAACUUUCGACCACUAAAAAUGAAAUCGAAUCACAAUUGUCCUUGCUAUUUGACAUACUAGCGAACCAAUAUAAGGCCGAUAUGGCCACUCCAUUGCUUACCGAUGAUGGUUAUCCCAGAAACGACAUCGAUGUUGUUGGUAUCAGGCUAAUCAGAGUCAAAAUUAUACGGUUGAGAAACGAUGUCAAGUUGGUGUAUACGUUACUAGAAACUAAAUUAAUCGAGAAAUUUGAGCAGCAGAAAGGUUCAGCAGUGUCAGAGUCACCACCCGAGCCCGAACAAACCAUACCAACACCCGUCUACACGAUCCCAUUUGCAACUGUCUGUGAGGUUGUUCCGCUUGGACCUGCCUCUGCUUCCGGCCUUAAAGAGGGAGACCAAAUUAUUGCAAUGGACGAUAUUCAUGCCGCUAACCACAACAGAUUGGCCAACAUUUCGCUCAAGGUCCGUGAUAGUGUAGACAAGUCUCUAGCCGUCGUUAUUUCAAGAGAAGGCACUCGUCAAACCCUCGAAUUGAAACCUACUGAUAAAUGGGACGGUAGGGGUUUAUUAGGUUGUCGUCUACUUCCAUUAUAA